CGAAUCAAAUAAAUGGGGACACAAACAACAGAACGGUUCCUGGUCGGGGGGGAUUAUGCGUGCUUUAGUGGAGGGUAAAGCUGAUGUGGGGUUUUGCUGCAUGUGGGUCAUGGACCCUCAGGCAAGCGACGUCGACUUUACAUUGCCUUGGAACACAGUUUGCGUUACGUUCCUCGUACCUCGACCACAGCGUCUGAACCAACUGAGGGCAGUUUUCCUUCCGUUCGCUUCGUCACUCUGGGUCGCCAUCAUCGCGUCCAUAAUGAUCACCACGAGUGCGCUGUGGUAUUUACAAAAAGCCUUCAAUGCCCUAAAUACUAAUACUGGUCUCAGUGACUGGGUAAAGUGUUUCAUUGGCGUUAUCACCAUGACAUCGAUUCCACCACUACGACGCGAAGUAUAUCCGGCGAGAUAUUUGGUGACUUCCUGGGCAAUGUUUACUAUUCUCAUAGCUACAGCAUAUUCCAGUAAUUUGGUAUCACAUUUGACUGUCCCCAUGUACUCCAUGAAACUAGAUUCCAUUCAAGAUCUUGUCAGGGCUGAAAUAUACUGGAGUUUGCCGUAUCCGCCAGCUAUGAACAAAUAUUUUGAUUUCGAAAAUCCGUGUCAUAGACAGUUCAUGAGGAAUUUUAAGUAUGAUAGCGAACCAGUUCACGUACCGCAAUCUGGUAACCCCUACAAUUACGCAUACUUCGGAAACAUGUUGGAAGGAAAGGCGCCAUAUUUCUUCAACGUUACACCUAUACAACCGACUGAAAUUCUGAAACUUCGAGUCAUGCGGGAGUGUACGUGUCGAUAUUUCGUCUCGAUGGGCCUUGCUAAGAACUCGCCAUAUACUAAAUCAUUCAACGAGGCGGUGGUCCGUCUGAUCGAGUCUGGGAUUUUGCAGCACUGGAGUGAGGAUGUCGUGUCCCGAGUUCCUAGCCCGAUUGACAUGAAAGUGUUGACACAGGACGGAAAGGACAAUAUACGCCCGGAAGAAUUAAGACUUGAGAAUCUACAAGGAGCGUUUCUGCUAACAGCUGUUGGAUUUCUCUUAGCAAUUACUGCUUUUACCAUAGAAAAUACCAUAAAACUCAUAUCGUAAGUAGAAUCUGAGGUUUUCACGAGUGAGUACAAAGAUGGCUGCCAUCUGGGUUUAAACGCCGUAUAGUCUGGAAAAAUGUCUAUCAGACUACAAGUUAUUAUAACCUAGAAGCUCGUAUCUUACCAAGAACGUCAACAUGAACCAGGACACAUUUUACUUUAAAUCAUUAAUAUCACAGUGCCACGUAUCAAAAUUUAAACGUCACGCCUGCAUCACAAAAGCUUAUAUCAUGUAACUAACCCUUGCAUGUUUUUGUACGAUAAGACAAACGAAACAAAAUAACAUUUAGUUAUUUUAAAUAUAUGAAAGACAGUGAAGUUCUAUUUUAAUUUUCCCGCAUUGAAGCAAGUUUUCACUAGCGUUCCAAUAACCUGAAAAUGAUGUUUUACAUCGAAACAUGUUGUGAAGUGAAUGAA